GGCGUCCCGCGCUGUUCCGCCAUGGCCUCCGUGGAGCCGCGUCGCCCUCCUGCCAGCUCUCGGCAGGAGCCGGAGGGGCGCUCCGGGCGACAGGACAAGUACUCGGUGCUCUUACCCACCUACAACGAGCGCGAGAACCUGCCGCUCAUCGUGUGGCUGCUGGUGAAGAGCUUCUCCGAGAGUGGAAUCAACUAUGAAAUUAUAAUUAUAGAUGAUGGAAGCCCAGAUGGAACAAAAGAUGUUGCUGAACAAUUGGAAAAGAUCUAUGGACCAGACAAGAUUCUUCUAAAACCACGGGAGAAAAAGCUGGGACUGGGAACUGCAUAUAUUCAUGGAAUGGAACAUGCCACAGGAAACUAUAUAGUUAUUAUGGAUGCUGAUCUCUCACACCAUCCAAAAUUUAUUCCUGAAUUCAUUAGGAAGCAAAAAGAGGGUAAUUUUGAUAUUGUCUCUGGAACUCGCUACAAAGGAAAUGGUGGUGUAUAUGGCUGGGAUUUGAAAAGAAAAUUAAUCAGCCGUGGGGCCAAUUUUAUAACUCAGGUUUUGCUGAGACCAGGGGUAUCUGAUUUAACAGGAAGUUUCAGAUUAUACCGAAAGGAAGUUCUACAGAAAUUAAUAGAAAAAUGUAUUUCUAAAGGCUAUGUCUUCCAGAUGGAGAUGAUUGUUCGGGCAAGACAGAUGGAUUAUACUAUUGGUGAGGUUCCAAUAUCAUUUGUGGAUCGUGUUUAUGGUGAAUCCAAGUUGGGAGGAAAUGAAAUAGUCUCUUUCUUGAAAGGAUUAUUGACUCUUUUGCUACUACAUAAAAGAAAGUUAUUCAUUUAUGCUUACCGUGUUCAUUUCAAUUUAAACAUAAAAGAAGCCUGGUUACUGAUUUUUAUAAAACGUACUCUUAAAGCAUAAACCAUGAGGUAAGGAAAUUUUCAUGCAAAUCUUUUUUUUUUGGAGAAACUCCAGUUUAUAUUUCAUAUUAAAUAAUUAUCAAAUUAAUGGUUCAACAAGCAAUGUUUCAAUUUUCAUUUACAUCUUACUGUAUUAAGAUCUAUAAA